GAAUAGGAAAUGGGCUUAAAACCCCAGGCCUUUGGUUAUCAGUUGAUGCAGCUCCUUAUAACGAGUUAGGGUUUCUGCAACUCCAGAAAACAACAUCACUGCGCGGCUCUAGCUCACCGAUUUUCUGCAGCCAUGGUUCUCAAGACCGAGCUUUGCCGUUUUAGUGGUGCCAAGAUCUAUCCCGGGAGAGGUAUCAGGUUCAUCCGCUCCGACUCCCAGGUUUUUCUGUUCGUUAACUCUAAAUGCAAGAGGUACUUCCACAACCGCCUGAGGCCUGCUAAGCUUACAUGGACUGCUAUGUACCGUAAGCAACACAAGAAGGACGCUGCUGCUGAAGCUGUCAAGAAGAGGCGUCGUGCCACCAAGAAGCCUUACUCAAGGUCCAUUGUUGGUGCUACCUUAGAAGUCAUUCAGAAGAAGCGUUCUGAGAAGCCAGAAGUUCGUGAUGCUGCCCGUGAAGCUGCUCUACGUGAAAUCAAGGAGAGGAUUAAGAAAACCAAAGAUGAGAAAAAGGCAAAGAAGUCUGAAAUUUUGUCAAAGCAAAAGGCUUCGGGCAAGACCAACGUACCCAAGGGAGCAGCUCCCAAGGGUCCCAAGAUCGGAGGUGGUGGCGGCAAACGUUGAAAAGCACUCCCUUGCUUCCAUAUAUUCGAUUGCUUUUGUUAGCUGAUUUUUGUUUUAAGCUCAAAUCAUUUUAUCUUGUACUAAUGCUGUUUGACAUUGUUUCAAUUGUUUCAAUUAGAAAUAGAGUACCUUUUCCAAAGUUUGGUUAA